ACAGUUUUCUCUCCUUCACUAUAAAAUCUCGGCCAAUGCCUCUUCAACUCAACAAGUCUAUAAUCCUUGCCUCCUCCUGUCUGAGUUCUUGACCUCAGACUUUCUUUAGUUGCUGUCUUUCAUCUUCAAUCUUCUCUGAUCAGAUCCCUCAAAGCUAUAAAAAUGAUGAAAGCUGUGUUGAAAUUGGAUUUACACGAUGACAAAGACAAGAAAAAGGCUAUGCGGAGAGUCUCUGGUCUUCCAGGGGUGGAUUCAAUAUCCAUGGACAUGAAGGACAGGAAAUUGACGGUGAUUGGGGACAUCGAUGCAGUUUGCAUAGUGGGCAAGUUGAGAAAGAUUUGCCACACAGACAUAAUCUCAGUAGGUCCAGCAAAAGAGCCUGAAAAGAAGAAAGAAGAGCCGAAGAAGGUAGAGCCGAAGAAGCCAGAAGACGAUAAGAAAGAUAAAGAUGCUGUGGCUGCGUGGGUGAAGGCUUAUCAGGCCUAUAAUCCUUAUUUGACCACGCAUUAUAACGUUAGAAGUGUCGAGGAGGAUCCUAAUGCUUGUGUCAUUUCUUAAUUUUUUUGAUUAUAUGCUUAAACAAAUCACUUCUGAAAGCAUAAUACACAAUUUCAUUAAGCUUCA